AAUUUUUAAUUUUUACACAUAUCCCCAUAUUCUCGUGUCCUACUUUUUAGAAUACGUAAUUUUCCCGUAAUUCGCCGUAUCAUAUAAUAUGUGAACAACCCUAUAACUUUAUAAUUCCUUUUUUUUUUUCCCCGAUCGGUUUGGUGUGUGAUGAAGUAUGAAGGACAUAAUUGAAAGGUACAAUUUGCACUCAAAGAACCUUGAUGAGUUGGAGCAGCCAUCAGAGCAGCAGCUAGUCCGGGACAGCAACAAAGAAGUGGCUGAGAAAAGCCAUCAACUUAGGCGCAUGAGAGAAGAGGAACUUCAAGGAUUAAGUAUUGAUGAGUUGCAGUGUCUUGAGCAGUCAAUGGAAGCUGGAUUGAGGCGUAUUACGCAGAAAAAGGAGGAGAAAAUCAUGAGAGAGAUCAAUCAGCUUCAAGAAAAGAGAAUGCAACUCAUGGAAGGGAACAAACUAUUAAGACAACAGGUGGUGGAAAUAUCGAAUCCCGACUAGGACCAGCUUUGUCGCAGAACUACGGAGACCCAAAUUGGUAAAAUAGUAUUAGAGUUAUGGGCCUGGGUUUGGGAAAAACAAAUUACGUAUUGCGGACGAUUUGUUGUUUUUGGUCUGGGAAAACAAAAGGCAAAAGUGUCCGUUUAUUGAUGAUUUACAUGCUUAUGAAAAUCUACUUAUUUUGCCCGAA